GGUUUCCUCUCUCUGAGAACGAGGACCGUUGGGGCUUCGCUGGCCCGAGGGGUCCCGGGACGGGACAGGACCGGCCCCCACCAUGGAUGGGGCGGGAGUCCGGCCCCGAGAGUCCGCCAGGACGGGAAUGGCCGAGCCCGGGCUGACCUCCUGACCCCGGGGAGACGCCCCGGGAAAGGGAGCCUCGUCCUGAGCAGGGUCCAGGACCCCCCGGACCUCCCGGACCCCGGACACCUUGGACCCCGGAGACCUAGGACCACGGAGAUCCUGGACCCCAGAGACCUAGGACCCCGGAGACCUAGGACCACGGAGAUACCGGACCCCAGAGUCCUAGGACCGCGGAGAUCCUGGACCCCGGAGAUUCCUGACCCCGGAGCCCGGAGAUCCCGGAGAUCCCGGACACCCCGGAGAUCCCGGACACCCCGGAGAUCCUAGACCCUGGAGAUCUCGGACCCCGUAGAUCCUAGACCGCGGAGAUACUGGACCGCGGAGAUUCCUGACCCCAUACCCCGGACCCCGGAGAUCCUAGACCGCAGAGAUCCCAGACCCCGGAGAUCCUAGACCCCGGAGAUCCCGCCCGGAGACCUAGGACCCCGGAGAUCCCGGACCCUAGAGACCUGAGACCCCGGACCCCGGAGAUUCCUGACCCCGGAGACCCAGGAUCCUGGAGAUUACAGACUCCGAAGAUCCCGGAUACCCCAGACUCCGGAGAUCCUGAACCCUAGAGACCCCAGAUCCCGGAGAUACCAGAUCCGUGAGAUCCUAAACCCCGGAGUCCCCCGACUCCCCAAAUCUCGGACCCCAGAGAUCCUGGACCCCAGAGAUCUCGGAGUCCAGGGCGAGAGGAGAGCAACUGGACCAUGAGAGUGGUACUCGGCCUUGUCGUGGCCACUCAGCUCUUCUGCCUGGAGGCUCUGGUCUGCAAAGAUGGAGAGUACCAAGUCGGGAAUGAAUGCUGUCCCAUGUGUCCCUCAGGCUUUCGUGUGGAGAAGCAUUGCAACACCUGGACUGGGACCACAUGCAUACCCUGCAUUCCACAGACCUUCACCGCACACUUAAGCGGUCUGAUGGAGUGCCUCAAGUGUAAAGUCUGCGAUCCUGUGUUUUCUUUUGUGAUGAAACAGAACUGCUCGUCCACCAAGAACACCGUGUGUGGCUGUGUCCCGAAUCAUUACUGCUCUGAGUUAAAGGACGACGAUUGUGAAGCAUGUACAGAGCAACCCAUCUGCAAGCCGGGACAGAGGGUUAAAGUCAGAGGUACAGAAACCCAGAGAAGGGUCUGUGAAGACUGCCCCGCUCAAACAUUCUCCCCCACCGGGAUGCUGGACGUGUGUCAGCCAUGGACCAACUGCACGGCCCUGGGUCUGGUUGAAAAACGAGCUGGCACAAGCACGUCAAAUGUGGAAUGUAAAAAGCACUUGGACACUCGGCUCCUCAUCGGGCUGUUGGUCCCUGCCGUUUGCUUGGGGGGCGUUGUCAUGGUCUUCAUGUGGCACCGAUGGAAAAGGAAGCAAGGGGACCGCGAUCCUGAGACUCCACCCAAACAGGAGGAGGUGGAUCACCUGUCAAACAAUCAUGGCAACGAAAACAUUCCCAAGUCCGUGGAGGAGACGACCCCCUGUAUGGAAGACCACAACCAGGGAGCGAGACCUUCCGGGAGCUCCACCUGAAGAAAUCGAUCCAGGAGGAGGGUUUCUCCAGCUCAUCGUCCUGGACUCACUGGUAGCAGCGGUAGCUACCCAGCCUCGGGGGCUCCAGGCCCGACCCAUUCUCCUGUGGGAACUGUUCGGGAGGGAGCCCGAGCCCACAGCUGGGUUGGCCCUGCCAUGAUCCGCAACACGCUGGAGGAAGUGAUAUCGUACCCGUCAGCUUACCUUCGGAGCACGAGACCAUUCUAGCAGAAGUGGGCCUGAGAGUCAGAAGACCUGGAUUCCAAUGCUAGCUCUGUCACUUGCCUGCUGAGUUACUUUGAGCAAGUCACUUUAUGGCUCUUACCUCUUUCCUCAACUGUAUAACGGGGAUUCGAGGAUUCUUCCUCCUACUUAGACCGUGAGCCCUUUUGGGAUCACCCCAGUGAGUGACAUCUAAUGACUGCCGAAGCAGCAUGGCCUAGUGGAUACAGCCAGGCGUAGGUCAGUCUACUCCCAGCUCUGCCACUUCUCUGCUGGGUGACCUUGGGCAAGUCAUUUCACGUCUCUGGGCCUCAGUUCCCUCAUCUGUAAAAUGGGGAUUAAGAAUGUGAAUUGUGUGGGGGACAGGGGCUUCUUUCCACUUAUUUUGUGUCUACCCCAGCAUUUAGAACAGUGCCUGGCAUAUAGUAAGAGCUCAAGUACCACAAUUCCUAUUAUUAACACUGAAUAAUAAUAACCAUGAGAAUAA